GAACGGGGCGGAGCGCGGCCGCGCCGGCGCGUCGAGGGGGGACAGGCAGCCGCCGCGAUGGACGUGUUCCUCAUGAUCCGGCGCCACAAGACCACCAUCUUCACGGACGCCAAGGAGUCGAGCACCGUGUUCGAGCUGAAGCGCAUCGUCGAGGGCAUCCUCAAGCGGCCGCCCGACGAGCAGCGGCUGUACAAGGAUGACCAGCUUCUGGAUGAUGGCAAGACACUGGGAGAGUGCGGGUUCACCAGUCAGACGGCACGGCCGCAGGCCCCAGCCACCGUGGGGCUGGCCUUCCGGGCAGAUGAAGCUUUCGAGGCCCUGCGCAUCGAGCCCUUCUCCAGCCCCCCCGAGCUGCCCGACGUGAUGAAGCCCCAGGACUCAGGAAGCAGCGCCAACGAACAAGCGGUGCAGUGAGACGGCCCCGGGCCCGCCCCCAGUGCCCCCCCCCCAAUAAAAGAGAUUUGGGUGUCUGC